UAGAUUAGGUCCAAAAAUAACUCGGAAACAUAGCAACGCGGAUAUGUUAACAAUUGUCCCCUCGCGAGGCCAAAAGACAAAGGGAGUCUCGCUACUAUGAGGAAGAAAUUAGUGCCAGAAGAGAGACCUAUAUGUAACGCUGUAGCAGUGUUCCGCGAGAGGGGCAAUUACUUGCAACGUUUGGAACAAUUCGAGAAAGCUAUACAAGCGUACAACGAAGCGCUGCGGUGGAAUAAUGCCGAUGUCCGCUCUCUGCUGGGGCGAAGUGUGUCGCGAGCGAAGGCAACACAUUACGCUGGUGCUUUGGCAGACGCCGCCCGAGCCGCCGAAUUGGAGCCGGAAAAUUUGACAGCGCUGCAAAUUCGUGCACAAACGGAAUAUGAAAAGUGCGCGUUUGAACGAUCGUUGGUGUUGGCUCAUCGUGGUCGACGAUUCAGAACGUUUCCACCUAAUUUCGCUGAAUGUGCUGGUCAUGCCGAAGAAACGGUGCGAGAAUGCGUUGGCAGGAGUGCUGGCAAGGUGCUUUCGACGGCUGUUACACUUGAGAGACGAGUGGAGUUAAAGAAGGAAUCAAUAGACGCCGAUGCCCCCGCAAUACCGAUACGCCGCAGCCGGAUGAAAACACAGGAAACUCGCCAGGUUCAAGAAACGUCUCGCGCGGAAAAACAGAGAGCCGAACAAAUCUCCCGUUUAAUGGCUUCGAAAUAUUUGGAACGAAUGGCACAUGACAAAUAUUUCUUAACAGCUUUAUGUAAGGAUGAACGACUCGCCUCAGCGAAUAAACAAGGAUCGAAAAAACUACAGGAAUUGGCUAACAAAGCUCUCGCCGAUGUGGAAAAGCGACAGGCGGUUCUUCGUGAACGGCGACCAUUGUUUGCUGCAAGAGCUUCCGAGGCUGAGGCAAGGGGUCGAUUAUCGAGAGCUAGAAAAGAACAAUUAUCACACGCUCAACGACAGUACACGACUGAUGCACGUCGCCUCUUAAAAGCAGCACAAACAUCGUAUGAAGAACACGAUACCGCCAAAUGUCUAGAAAACGCCGAAUUCGCCAUGGAACAAAUUUCUAAAAAACCCACUAAUCUCCUUCCCGGAAAGGAAAAAUUCCUUCAGCAGCUUCAUGACAUUGUUGCCAACGCCUUUCUAGAUCAGAAACGAGUUCGAGAAACUAUGAGCGAGUCAGAUCGGGAGAAGCGGGCAUUUAUUCUUCUCGGGAUGUCGUUGUCACGUGAGCCGAGCCGUGACUCAGUGCUGCGGGUCCGCCCUCUGGCACCGCCGCGUGAUGCCAAACGUCGUCUCAGGGCGUUGGAACGCGCGUUAACACUAAGUACCCGAACAUCUGAGCGCUGCUACUUGCUCCACGAAGUGACACGGCUGCAUGUCGACACUAAGCAGCCCAUAAAGGCUCGCUUUUACGCUACCAAAUGCCAAACCGAGGCUCGAAACGCAAACCAGCGCGUGUGGAUACUUAACGCGAUAUUUCUCCUCGCCCGGUGCCACUUACUGCAGAACAAUCGGCCGGAAGCUCGAGCAGUGCUCAUAGAGGCGGCAGGUUUAGCUAGAUCCUAUGGCUUCGAUGAUGUUGCUGCGUUCUUUGAUACGUGUGUAAACGUUUCACUGGAAGGAGAGGUAGCGUUCUCGGAAGCCCCUCUUGAGAAACGGGAAAGGGACAUGGUCAGUUUAAUGCAAGACGACGACUUGCGAAGCGCUGCUGAGCACCUUUUCAGAAGAAUGUCUGUCAUACCCGCGGCUAGGCGGUUCUCGAUAAUGCCUGGCACGCGUGUGGAGGACUCGGUGCCGCAGACUGCCGCCAACCGACGUAUUUCCAUCAUACCACGCAACCAACAGCCAGCGCGCGUCGCCCGACGGCAAAAACACCCUUUGGGAUUCCAGAACUUUGAUAUUUAAAUGACUUUUGGAUAUAUUUAAUUUUUACUUUUUAAUGUAUUUUCAUGCCUAAAUAUGGUUUUAGACCUAUUAAAAUCCAUGUCUUAUAUCGCUUGCCAUAAAGCUAUACGCACUAA